AUGACCCACCCCACCCCAGUCUUCACGCCCACAACCGAACUCCACGACCUAGGCCGUCAGCGCUUCGACCACGACACAGCCGCCAUAAGCGACCGCGACCACGCCUUCCACACCGCCGCCCCCCCACCCCUGCGCACAGGCCGCGCUCCUGCAGGCCUCGAGGCGCAAGUCUUCGGUUGGACCGAGUUUCAAUACGCGACUGCGGAUCGGGAUGCGCGUGAAGAGCUCAAGGGCGAUUUGCAUGGCGGGGUGCUGCAUCGGGUUAAUCGCGCUGCGGGGGGAGGGGAGAAUAUCAGGGGGGGAGGAGGGGGAGGAUUUGUGGGGGGUAGAAGUGGUGGGGGAAGAGGGGAUGGGAAGGUGGAUGCGCUUUGUGCGGGGAGGAGGCCUGAGGGGGUUGUGGCGCCGUUGGCGAAGGGAGGGGCGGAGGAGUUGGGGAAGGGGAUGUUUUGGGAGGAGGAGAUUGUUUGUGUGAGGGGGUGA